AAAAAGAAAAAUAGAAAAUGAAAAAUAUCCAAACGCAGGAGAAACACUGAGGAGAAGUCUGGGCGUUUGCGCACCUUUCAUCAGCAGCCACAAACAAGAAAAUAGAGAGAAUUAAGAGAAGUGUGCAAAUUCUCAGAAAAAAUAUAGAGAAAACUCUCAAGUGAUUAGUUUUCUUUUGCUUUGUACAUACAAAAAAGUUGCAAUUUUUGUUGUACCGUCUUGGCUCUGGAAAAAAUGGCAGUAAAGACACCCAUAACAGGGAUAAGCAUGGCUUCAGCACCCUCUAUUUCAUCUUAUAAUAGGGUUAUUGUUGUAAAAUCACUGCCUUUCAGAGCUUCUUUCUUUGGUCAAGGAGUUGGAGCUGUAAAACUUGCAGGGCUACAACUUACUCAUUCUAAUAGAUCCAGAUGCAACAGUCAUGGUGGUGGUGCCCUUGGAGCUCGUAUGAAUCUAUUUGAUCGGUUUGCUAGAGUUGUCAAGUCAUAUGCAAAUGCACUUAUAAGCACCUUUGAAGAUCCAGAGAAGAUCUUGGAACAAACUGUGCUCGAAAUGAAUAACGAUUUGAUAAAGAUGCGACAAGCUACAGCACAGGUAUUGGCUUCACAAAAGCAGUUGGAAAACAAGUAUAAAGCUGCACAACAAGCUUCUGAAGAUUGGUAUCGUAGAGCCCAACUUGCUCUUGGAAAAGGGGAUGAAGACCUUGCUCGUGAAGCUCUUAAAAGAAGAAAAGCUUAUGCUGAUAAUGCAAGUGCCUUGAAGGCUCAACUUGAUCAGCAAAAGAGUGUGGUUGAAAAUCUGGUCAGCAAUACACGGCUUUUGGAGAGCAAGAUCCAGGAAGCAAAAUCGAAGAAGGAUACUCUGAAAGCACGUGCUCAGUCAGCAAAGACCGCAACCAAAGUAAGCGAGAUGCUGGGAAAUGUAAAUACAAGCAGCGCCCUUUCAGCCUUUGAAAGAAUGGAAGAAAAAGUUUUGACAAUGGAGUCGCAAGCUGAUGCUCUUAACCAAUUAACCAGCGAUGAGCUUGAAGGAAAGUUUGCAAUGCUGGAAACCUCUUCCGUUGAUGAUGAUCUUGCCAGCUUAAAAAAAGAAUUGAGUGGCAGCUCAAAGAAAGGUGAGCUUCCACCGGGGAGAACGACAGUUGCCAGUUCAAGCUCAACAUUGCAAUUUCAAGAUUCAGAGAUUGAGAAAGAAUUGAAUGAAUUAAGAAGGCGGGCAAAUGAUUUCUAGAGAUCAUAUUUGAUGUUCCACCAUGUCCACAUAUCGUCUUCCUAACCCCUUUUUUACUCGAAGAAUGUGUUCUUGGUUUCCAGAAAAGUUGCCUUAUCGAUAAAGGCAAACGAAUAUAGGAAGUGAAAAAUGGAAAGUAUAUUGAGAUAUGUCGAUACGUCUUCUUUAUAUUAUUGACCUACAUUAUGGCAAUAUAGUGUAAGCUAGACUUGACUUCAAUUUUGUAUAUUGUCACCCAAAUGUUUCAGGAGUAUAGUUGCUUAAGUUGCAUUGUAGAUUUGAAAAUUCCAUAGUGCUGGUUUUGCAUGUUAUCUAAUAAAUUCCCACGUUGUUUUCUUUG